AAUCGUAAUCUUUUAUACAAUAAAUUUAAUAUCGUUUUAUUAAUCGAUCAACAAUUAUUUCAUCAGAGCGUGUACUACAGCUUUCGCGUUUAACGACUUCAAGUCUGUAUGUUUAUUUCAAUGCGAGGCAGCGUGAACCUUCAUUACCCGCGCGGACACCGACCAAACAAGAUGUACGGAACGACCGCUACCAUUCUUGUCUUAUGCUUCCUAAGCUUGUGUGUAUCGCCGAUAUGUCGAGCCGUGGAGAUCACCGACUGCGGCUCAAAGGUUGGCAAGUUUACAUCUGUAAGUUUGUCAGGUUGUGAUAUGACCCAAUCUGUAUGUGAUUUGGUAAGGAAUACAAAUGCAUCAAUCAACAUAGAUUUUACAGUUGAUAAAGAAAUGAAAGAUGUUUAUGCAAUGGUACGUGGUAUUAUAAUGGAGGUGCCUAUGCCUUUUCCAUUACCAAAUGCAGAUGCCUGCAAAGAUCCAGAUUCGGGAAUCACGUGUCCUUUAACUAAGACUGGAGAAGUAUAUCAUUAUAAAAAUACAUUACCAGUUCUAUUAGCUUAUCCUAAGUUAUCGGUUAUUAUAAAAUGGGAACUCAGAGAUGAAAAUAAUGAAGACAUAGUCUGUUUGCUGAUCCCAGCAAAAAUUAAAUGAAUGGUAUCGAUUCAGUUCGUGAUAUUAUUUCUAAGGAAGUGUGUAUUUUACGAAAAUGGUACGAAAUAAAUACAAAAUAUUUACAAUUGUAAAAUAUUGUUCAUUACGUUUCUUAAGUUACUUUAAUGUACUGCGUGUACAAAUAUUUUGUUUAGUCUUGGAAAAGUUAAUGUAUUGGCAAAAAUAAAUAUAGGACAUUACACUGUGGCAAUAAAUA